UUAACAUCCUAUCACAUUCCUCCUCUGCAGCAUUUUAUUGUGGAAAUCAAACCUGGAAGACGUGUGCAGUGUCUGUGUUAACUUUCCCCCUUUUUUUAUUUUUUUUUUCCUGCUCUCAGUCUCAGCGGUGUGAUGUUCACCAUCUGACCGCUCCACCAGAGCCACAGACCGGGUCCAAAUCAGACCAGACCCGUCCGGAACGAGGUCUUGGGCCUAACACGAGCAAUAACCAUGGUUACCAAGAAGGUGCGAACUGAAUACAUGAAGAAGUUCAGGGACCCACGGUGGGAGACGUUUUCCAAAUGCUACGAAGACUCUCUGAAGUACCGUCUCACCCGGAGGGUGAUGGAGCACUCCCACAAGCCCUGGUUCUGGGAGGGCUGGGACAGCGGCUCCGACUCCAGCGGCUGGUCCACGCCCAGGGUGACCAGGAACAAAGUUGUUCCUCUGUCUCUCCCGCCGCCGCCGCCCAAACCCUCAGAGGUGAAGCAGAGGCUGUGGGAGCUGAAGACCAGGCCUGGGGCGAGGCCGCCGUCCGAGGACGGGGAGGCAGCGGUGGGAGGACCAGGAGAGGCUCCGGCUGUAGAGACGGAUCCAACCACAGCAGCCGUCGUUGAGAACGGCGUGAACGAGGCCGACGGAGGUUCGGCGACGGCGGCUCCGAACGCCAGCGCGCCUUCAGACGACACGACGACGGACAACGGGCCGGCCGACACCGCCUCCUCCGACGGGGAGCCGACGAACCCGCCGCCGAGGCCGCGGCACCGCCGCCGCCGCGCCCCGCGCUCCGAGCCGGGCAACCACGACGCCUCCCAGGGCGAGAAACCAGCCGUCGCCCGAAAGCCGCCGAGGGCCAAGAGCCAGCCGGCCAUCAGCACCAAGGAGAAGGAGAACCGGAGACCGUCCAGUCGGCUGGACUGGACCGAGACACAGGGGGACGUCAGGAGGACAACCAACGAGACGCUCACGACGUCCGACGCCUGCGUCCAGACCCGCCGGGAGUCCGACCGGCGCGGCUCCAGACCCGACCGGCGGCGGGCCCGGUCGGCCGACCUGGAGAAGACGAGGCGCUCGCAGCUGGCGGUGGUGGACGACCGCUGGAUGACGGAGUACAUGCGCUGCUUCUCCGCCCGGCUGAGGUAGAGGCAGCGUCCGCCCACAGCUCCAACAAAAAAAAAAAAAAAAAAACAGAACAGACCUGGAGCCACGUUGUCUCGUUAGAGUCCGUCACACCUGAACUCUGGUGAUAGAGAAUCUGGUGAUGUUGAAUUCAUGAAUCCAGAUCAUCAACAUUUAUGCAGCACAUACAAAUAAAACACUAGUAAUACAAGACAAGAUGAAAGUACGAUAAGAAGAAUAAAAUACUAAAGGAGAACAUCUGGAGGCGUCAUAGUCAACAGGUGGCAUUUGUAGAUUUUUGCCUCAUUCAUUCAGAAAAAGUUCACACAACCAGUAUUAGAAAGUGUCGUUAGCAAUUUAAAAUCGUUAACUGGCUAAAAAACGAACUAAUUCAGGUAUUUAAACAGACGUGAAAUCAUCGCAUGUAUGAAAGUUUUCAUGGCUCCAGUUAUAAUCUGACCUUUGUCUUUUGUCUCUAAAACUAAUAAAGUAAAUAAGACAAACUCUUCCUAAAUAUGUGUCGUCUCCACAGUCGUGACACACAUGGUUCGGUAACAUGAUAUAAUAUUAUAAGUUGUGUUGGUAUUUAUUUGCAUACAGAGCAUGAAACUGGCCUCUUCCUCUUAAAGGGUUGUGUUGAUGUGUGUUUGUUUUAUCUAAAGUCUAAAUCUGGUUGUGUUGUCGUCCUCUCAGCUUCCUUAGAGUAUGAAGCUACUGGUGAACAUCCUGUUUGCUUCUGCUGCCCCCUAGUGUCCAAACUCUAAAACAACAUUCACGCAAUAACCAGACAGGACUCAGAGUGAACGUGUGAGGACGUGACGAGACAACGAGGAGCCGUGUUAUUGUGUUGUUGCAUUUUGAGUGUCUGCUGUUCAGGACCAGUGUUUUUUUUUUUUUACUGUGGUUGGUUUUAAAGGCUGUGGAUGAUGUGUUCGUUUUAAUUUUACUGAGAUAAAUCUCACAAAAAAAAAAAAACACGACUGUUACGUGACAAUAACCACGAAGGGACGGCAGCGAUUCCGGCUGCAGUGACAGGUCAGACUUUUAGUUUCAGCUGCGCUGGACUGAAACCGAGUUACCUUUCUAUGCUUUUCUAUACGUAUGUAUGUAAAACAAAACAAAACAAAAAAACAAUCACCUCCGUUUUCUGAAUGUAUUUUAUUUCUCAGCAUGAAAAACAAAAAACAGGGCUGUGCUUUAAAUCAGUUUUUUUUUCUUUCAGACACAUUUAAUGUUUUUGUUUUUUCUCUCACAAAGGCAGCUGAGUGUUUUAUAACUAAAGAAUCAGAGGCAGCAGAACGGACCAAACUGGAAUAUUUUUGAUAUCUGAGCAUUUUAGAUCUAAAGACUCUUGUUUUUGGUUAGAAGAGGACGAAGUAUAGCGACACUUUAUUUAUCAGAGAAAAACGAUCGCUGAAGGUAUUUUUUAGCCUGUAUUAAAGCUGAUAAUGUAAUAAUGAAAUGACUGUUAAACUAUUUCAGAGUUUAGUUGGUGUUCGUUCAGGUUUUGAGCAGCUUCUUGCUUCCAUUGAUUUAAAUAUAAAUGAAACUUCUAACACAAAGCUUCUUUUAAGACGAGAGUAUUAAAAACAAAAUGACUUAUUUACCUUAAUCCUGCAGGCCACUAACAUUACAAAGCUCCUUUUUAAUGAAACAUUAACGCUGGAGGACACAGGAGACGUGUGUGGUCGGUGUUUAGGAUGUGAUCUUCUCAAUAAAUCGUUUACAUGAUGAAGGUUCGUUCGGAUGGAGGAGAACUGGGCCUCCACUAAACAGUCUGUGCAGCUUUUUAUUUCCUACAUUUACCGGGUUUAAGGUUCGUUUUUAAUGUUCCUAGUCGACAAAUGUAAUGUUCACAUGCAAAGGAAUGUGCUCGAAAUCCAGAAACAGCUUCAUUCGUCUUCUGAGAUGGAGUCAGUCUGUGAAAUAUUAGUCAGUGACCAACAAAUCAUCUGAACGUCCACAGUUGUAGGGCUACUAAGCGUUUUCUACUCUAGCGAUUAUUAAGAAAUAUAAAUAUAUAUAUUUGUCACAGUUUCCAAGAUUCACAGGCGUCACAUUCUACUAUUUCUUUUGCACAGUUAAAGAUACACAUAAAAUAUUACAGAGAGGGAAAAAAAUACUGAAACGGUGCAAAUACUGCAAGGAGACGCAAAAAAAGCCUGGAUUUCUGCAGACAGAGGAACAUCCAUCCUCUCUUCUCUCUGUCGCCUUCUUUCCUGAGUAAAUUACAGAAAAAUAAUUCAGCAUCCAAACACAGAUGUGCGUUUCCUGCCGGGGUUUCUGCUUUCGUCUGUGCACGUCCACACGUUUCCUCGUGAUUCACGAAAAGACCCUGAGUGGGUUUAGACACGAGCUUUGGUUUUUAUUAAGUGUUGUUGAAGUUGUUAAAUGCACCGUAGAGACGCUGUAAACGCGUCUUUAUCUGAAUAAUGUGUCUGAAUGUUUAGACAAUCACGUUUAAAACGACAGAAGUAAACAAUUAGUCUGUUAUUUAAGCUUAUAA